AUGAGGGGAGCGUAUCAUUACCAGGGACGUGGUGGAUUCCAGCAGUCUCCACCGUACCCUGCGCAGAACCAGUAUUCCCCCCAACACCAGUCGCCUUAUCACGGCGGCCGAGGUGGCUGGAAUAACCAGCCAUAUCCUAAUCAAGGGUCUCCUAUGCAAGGCUAUACCCCAAACCAGUCUCCUUAUCAUCAAAACCAGUCACCCGGUUACUACCCAAACCAACCGUACCCACAACCCGGCUUCCAAAACAGCCCUCAUCGUGGAGGUCAUGGCGGUUACCGUGGUAACAACUUCAACGGCCCUGACCGACGCAUGUCAGGUCCAGGCGCAAAUGCCCCGUUUGGCGGGCCUGGUGGACGAGGUCGUGGCGCUGCACCUACCCAGUUUUCAAACUUGUCAUGGACGCCAGCGUCCGGCACAAGAGGCGGCCGCCCCGCUACAGAAGCGCCACGUCCACAGCCGGCCGUCGCAUCCCAAGCAUCUGCUGACUCUGCAUCUGUCGAUGCUGAUGACAAUCCAUUUCGACCAUCCAAGGAUUUGCGUGUAGAAGACGAAGGUCCCAUAGAGGAAAAGAGACCGGCAAAACCUCCGACGGCACCAAAGUCAGGUUUCGGUUUUUCUUUAAAGACGAAAAACCCAGUACCACCAGCGAGCAAAGCAAAACUUGGAUUGGAAGAACCUGAGAGGCCAGAACCAGCUCCCAAAGAAUCUCCUCUUGCCCCCAAGGCAAAGGUGGCAGCCGUAGCAGCGCGUGAAGUUUCCCCACGCCGCCCAGAACCAAGGAGCGACCGAGAUCGUGACGUGAGAGAUAGGGAUUACGACAGCGGCCGCGAGCGGGACAACAGGGAACGGGACCGGCGAUAUGACAACUAUUACGAUCGAAAACCGGCCUACCGAGAUCCUCGUGAGAGAGACGCUCGAGAUGGACGGGAUCCUCGUGAACCUCCCUAUUAUCGUGGCAAAGAGCGGGACUUCCGAGAUCCACGAGACAGAGACAUGCGCGACCCGAGGGAUGUUAGAGACCUACGUGAUAUUCGCGAACGCGACCCCCGAGACCUGCGCAGCCCUCGAGACCCACGAGAUAUCAGAGACCGCAGAGAGCCUUACCCACCACGAAGACCUGACGAUAGGCGAUUUGACCCGCGCCCUGACUCACGACCCGCUCGAAGGACACCACCUCCUCAAAUACCCAAGACGAAGAUUGUUACCAGGAAGCGUAUGAAACCCCGACCUACUCUGGUCCCUGAGCAUGCAGCUUCAGAAUCAGUGUAUUAUAGGAAGCCGGGUAAUGAGUCGGUAGUUGGAUCCGGCACCUACGGAAAAGUCUUCAAGGGAGUCCAUGUCUACACCAAGGACAUGGUCGCCCUCAAGAAGAUCCGUAUGGAGGGUGAACGCGAUGGCUUUCCGGUUACCGCCAUCCGCGAGGUCAAGCUGUUGCAAUCUCUCAACCACGCUAACAUCGUCAAUCUCCGAGAGGUCAUGGUUGAAAAAAACGACUGUUACAUGGUUUUCGAAUAUUUGUCCCACGAUCUUACGGGUCUUCUGAAUCACCCGACGUUCAAGCUCGAACAAUCACACAAGAAAGACCUGGCGAAACAGCUCUUCGAGGGCCUGGACUACCUCCACCGUCGCGGUGUUUUGCAUCGAGAUAUUAAGGCUGCCAACAUCUUGGUGUCCAACACUGGGCAGUUGAAGUUGGCAGAUUUUGGUCUUGCACGAUUCUACGCAAAGAGCAGCAAGCUCGAUUACACCAACCGGGUCAUCACCAUCUGGUAUCGAUCACCAGAGCUGCUGCUUGGAGAAACCCAGUAUGGGCCGGCAGUCGACAUCUGGUCAGCUGCUUGCGUACUAGUGGAGAUCUUCACACGACAUGCUAUCUUCCCGGGCGAUGGUGGUGAGAUCAAUCAACUGGAUAAGAUCUACCACAUACUGGGUACGCCCACUGUGCAGGACUGGCCUGGCAUCGUCGACAUGCAGUGGUUCGAACUGCUGCGCCCAACCGAACGGAAGCAGUCGACUUUCGAAGAGAAGUACAAGGAUCGCGUUAGCCCUAUGGCCUUCGAGCUCUUGCAGGCAAUGUUCCUCUUCGAUCCCAACGCGCGACCCACCGCCGCAGAUGUGCUCGAGCAUCCUUUCUUCACAAGCGAAGCCCCGCCACCAAAACGUGCCGAUGCGCUGAAGGAGUUGGAGGGCGACUGGCACGAGUUUGAGAGCAAGGCCCUCCGGAAGGAGAAGGAGAAGCAAGAUAAAGAGGCACGACGUGUUGCGCGAGAAGAAAAGGAUACAGCGAGGAAAGACGAGGGUAAAAGACGCGCUGAGGCAAAUGCCGGGGAAGAGAGGGAGGCCAAGCGAGCGAAGAGCGGUGAUGUUACGGCGUAG